AUGCCAGCUCCAUACAACGCCAACACCACCGCCACGGAACUGGUCUCCGAAUACGCAUCCCUCAUCAAAGGCAAAACCAUCCUCGCAACGGGUGUCACUCCGGGGACCCUAGGCGGCUUCUACGUCCAAGUCAUUGCAGCGGCAAACCCAGCCAACAUUGUCCUAGCCGGCCGCAACCCGAUUAAACUCCAACAAUGCGAACAGGAGAUCACCGCUAAAAACCCCGAUGUUCACGUCCGCACGUUGCAGGUCGAUUUCAGUUCCCUGAAGAGUGCACGCGAUGCUGCAAGCCAGGUGAACAGUUGGGACGAUAUCCCCGUCAUCGACGUCCUAGUCAACAACGCCGGUAUCAUGGCGGUGGACUAUAAGUUGUCCGAGGAUGGUGUUGAGUCGCAAUUCGCGACGAAUCAUCUGGGGCCAUUCCUAUUCACGAAUUUGAUCAUGGGCAAAGUCUUGAAGUCUGAUGCUCCGCGGGUCGUGAUGGUUACUAGUGAUGGACAUCGAUUGGGUCCGAUAAGGUUCCAUGAUUACAACUUUGAUGAGGGCAAGACAUACAACAAAUGGUAUGCCUACGGGCAAUCAAAGACAGCUAACAUGCUGAUGGCGCUCUCUUUGGCGAAUAAGAUGGGCAUUAAGCAUGGGUUACAGGCCUUCAGCCUGCAUCCUGGUGUGAUUCGUACUACGAGCCUAGGGAAGCAUUUGGAUUGGGAGAAGACUGAUAUGGCAGGGCUGUUGAGUGCUGAUAAACUACUUGGCAAUGUCGAGGGCUGGAAGGGGUUUAGUCCUAAGAGUCUGGACCAGGGCGUUGCGACGCAUGUAUAUGCUUCCUUUGAUACGUCACUGAAAGCCAACAAUGGAGCCUAUCUCAUCGACGCGCAUAUAGCAGAUCCACUUGAGGAUACGGUGAAGACAUGGGCAACAAGUAAUUUCGAAGCCGAAAGGCUAUGGAAGUUGAGUGAAAGCCUGGUCGGCGAAACAUUCCCCUACUAG